GGCGCCGGUGAUGUCAGCGCGGCCGCCCCGCCCGCCGCCGCAGUGACAGCUCCGCCCGGGCCCAGUCGGGCCCAGCCCAGCCCAGCCGCGCAGCCCGAGCGGGAGCAGGGAGCGGGGCCCGGCCAUGGCCGACGACUUCGGCUUCUUUUCCUCGUCCGAAGGAGCCGGCGCCGAGGAGGACCCGGCCGCCGCUUUCCUGGCCCAGCAGGAGAGCGAGAUCGCGGGCAUCGAGAACGAUGAGGGCUUCGGGCCGACCGACGGCGAAGCGGCCGCCGCCCCGGCCCCGCCGGAACCUGCUGGUUUCCAGAAUGGAGGAGCCACUGUCAAUGGAGAUGUCUUUCAGGAGUCCAACGGCCCCACAGACGCCUACGCAGCCAUAGCCAAGGCUGACCGGCUGACCCAGGAGCCGGAGAGCAUCCGCAAGUGGAGGGAGGAACAGAAGAAGCGUCUGGAGGAGCUGGAUGCGGCAUCAAAGGUGACUGAGCAGGAAUGGCGUGAGAAGGCCAAGAAGGACCUGGAAGAGUGGAACCUCCGUCAGAAUGAGCAGGUGGAGAAGAACCGGGCAAACAACAGGAUCGCUGACAAAGCCUUUUACCAGCAGCCGGACGCCGAUGUCAUUGGCUAUGUGGCCUCAGAGGAAGCAUUCCUGAAGGAGUCCAAGGAGGAAACCCCAGGCUCUGAGUGGGAGAAGGUGGCCCAGCUCUGUGAUUUCAACCCGAAGAGCAGCAAGCAGAGCAAGGACGUCUCGCGGAUGCGCUCGGUGCUCAUCUCCCUCAAACAGACGCCCCUGUCCCGCUAGCUGCUGGCUGGCAUUGCCAGGAGCAGGGCAGGGCCAGGCUCUCCGAGCUGGGUGGCUUCCUGUGGCCAACCCAGAGGGCCCUCACCCUGCCUGCACCUUCCUCUGGCUAUGCUCCAGUCACUGGUUGUAACUCUCCCCAUGGUUUUCCUUUGCUUAAAAGGUUCAUCGGUCUCUUUUUACACUUAUUUAUUACUGUGGCAUUUCCCCGGUAGGUGACAGUGGGUGGCAGAGGUGAGUUAGCAGAGGGAGCACCUGGCCUGGGCUCUGUGGGGUGGGUGCUGCCUGGGGGCCUGGCUGAGUGAGAAGGUGAACACCCCACUGGCUGUUCCCCACCUCACCCCUGUGCCAGGAAUAAACCUGCCUGCAGCUCUCCUGGUGCUGGGCAGCUGCAGGCGAGGCAGCCCUGUGUCCUAGCCCCAGGGCAGGGAUCCUAGUGGGACCCCAGGCUCUGAUCUGCCUUUCUGGUGGGGCUUAGAGCAGAGCUGACUGUGGGGCUGGGAGGGUGGAGGAACAGCCCUGACUCAGCUCUGCACUGCUGGGUCCUGCAGGGAGCAUGACCACAGCAUGGUGCUGCUGGGAUAGUGGGGACUGAGGAAUGUGAGUGCAGGCACCAGGCUGGGCCAGCACUGCCAGCAGCUGCCCCCAAGCCCAGUAGAACUGUCCCCAGCCUGGCUGUGCACCCCAAAAAGCUGGUGGGACUUUGAGUGGCAGUUGCAGUGUCCGUGUCCUGUCUGUCCUAUGGGGCUGCCAGUGCCUGGCAACACUUCUGUGCAGGGCAGUGGGAAGGGGCCACAAGGUGAGUGUGCAGGAUGUUUUCUGUCCCUCCCCCAAGGCAAUCAACAGUUGAGACUGGGGCAACAAGCUUCAGAGGUGCUUGGUUCUGCUCUGUUCCUUCCCCUGCUACCAAGAGGAGAGAUGGAGGCUGUGUGGUUGCAGGGAAGCAGAUAGGAAGGUUCAGCUGCUGUGGGACAAGUUGAGCCCCCAGCUUCCUGACACAGGGGCCUAGAGCAGAUUGGGCAGUUCUGGUGCUGGGACUUGUGCAGUCCCUGGAGAACAACCUGCACAUCUGUCUGCGGUUGCUCUGUGGCUUCUCUCUGCCCCCCCGCUGGAUUUGCACACCUAAGGCAGGCUGGGGAGAUGCCCCAGGCCCGCUCCCCACCCUGCAAUGCACACACUUUCCAACCAGAGCACCAGCUUUCCUCUGCUUGGUGGAGCCAGCACCAGCCCCCCCAGUUUGGAGGCCCAGCCCUGAAGACCUGCAAAACUCCCAGGUGGCAGAGAGGGGUGGGCCAGCAGGUACCAGCCUUGAGCUUGUGCCCCAGGUGCAGCCCACUGUGGGCUUGGGAAGGGCUUGCAGCAGUGGGCUGGGGGACAUGAAGCAAAGCCCACAAAAUGUUUGUCCUGGCCCUGCAGCAGAGCCCUGCUCAGCUGAUGAUGCAGAGCUCUCCUGCCCUGCAGGUACGGCUCCACAGGUCAGGAAGGUCACCUGCCCUGCUGCUGCAGGCCUCGUGGGGUGACUGGGCACCCCUGGCUCUGGGGUGGAAAGGGAAAAUAGGUGUCUAGGAAGUCACUUGGUGUUGAUUGUCCUUGUCCAUAGGGCUGAUUGCUCCUCUCUGUCCCCCUGUGCUCCAGUAUGUGUAGGCAGCUCUGCUGUAGCAUAGGAUGGAUGCCAAUGUGGGAUACCUUGGGACUCUGCUGCCUGUCUGUCUUUCAUUGCAGAGCAGCAGAAAGAGCCCCUGGCUGCUUCCUGGGGGCAGGGAGGCUUCCCCUGCUCUGUCCCCCCAGCCUCUGCUUGCAACUGGGCCCCUGGGUCCCCCCAGCUGCUGUGCACCCCAUGUCAGGCAGGGGCAGCUCCCGGGGAGCCGUGCCCACAGCUGUUCUACAUCCCCUUGGCUUUGGUACCUGUCACUGUUCAAAGUACCUGUUACAAUAAACAGACAUCUCCAACC